AUCAUUUUGAGUUUGACAGCUAAGUUAAAAAAACAAUAGCGAACUUUGGUAACAAUGGCAGAUCCUAGAAUUCGUCAAAUAAAAAUAAAGACCGGCGUUGUGAAACGCAUAGCUAAAGAGAAAGUUGUGUAUGAGAAGGAGGCGGAACAGCAGAAGAAUAGAAUACAAAAGUUAAAAGACGAGGGUCAGGACGAGCACAACAUUCGGAAGCAAGAAGAAGUGCUUCAAGAGUCGCUGAUGAUGGUACCAGAUUGUCAAAGACGACUGGUGAAAGCAUUUACUGACCUCAAGAACACAUUAGAAACAGAGCAAGAUCUCAAAGAACACGAGGAUUACGUAGCUGCGCAACAAAUACUCAAGGACGCUGAGAGCCAACUCCCGGAGUCAGGCGCUUUAUAAUACCAAUACAUUAUUUUCUAC